GUUGUCAACUUUUUCACAUAUUUAUAUAUUAUUUGAUUAAUAAUUAUAUCUUAACAUGUCUCAUGAUUUUCUUAUUUAAGAUGGCCAUAAUUUAGUACAGAAAAUAAAUGAGUUUUAUUAUGUUUUAUGAAUACUAAUUAUCGAUUUCAUUACUUUAAGUAUUCGAUGUAUUGAAGAUAUGAAUACUCUCAGAACUGUUAUUCUUUUUCAUUAAUAAAUCAUUAUGUGGCCGGUCCUUUUUGCAUGACAAAAAAAAAGUGGAUUUUGUUUGAUUUUAUUGAGUUAUAUUAAAACAACAAGAUAAACGAUGGCUGCUAAGCAGAAAAAUAUUUUUACUCGAAGUAAACCUUUGAUGCAUAUAUACAGUGGUAAAGACCAAGAGGGCAAAGAGGUAGAAGUUCGAGAAGAUGCGGAACAGCUUGUUAAAUGGCAUGAAAUAUCUGAUGCUCUCGUAGCCGCGGGCUAUUACAGAGCUCAACUUCAAGGGCUGUCAGCAUUCGAUAAAAUUGUGGGAGGAUUAUCUUGGUGUAUUGAAUUAUGUGAUAUUGAUAUGGACAUCAGUUUGUUAUUUGAAGAGAACCUUACUAUUGGAAAAAAAAUAGCACUAACAGAAAAGAUUGUUAAAGUUUUGCCGAGCAUGAAGUGUCCUUACAUUAUCGAACCUCAUCAAAUACAAGGUUUAGAUUUUAUUAAUAUUUAUCCAUUAGUACAAUGGUUAAUUAAGUAUUCUAGUGAAUUCCGGGAGGCAAAAGAAGACGAAUUACGUAAGUUUGCCGUUAAACAGUAUAAUAAAGAUCAUAUAUUUGAACUUGAUCGUAACCACUUCCGACAAACAGAGAAACUAUUGAAAAAUCUUGCCGCAGUUCAGAAUUUAUAUAAACCAUGCAGAGUUCGUAAACGGAUAUCUGGAUUAUCUUUAAAUGAGUUGGAACAAGUCAAUGCUGUGCUAUCAGAGUAUGAUACACGCAUGUUGAUGCAUGUCUCCAACAACAAAGAUGAUCCUCAACAAGAUGAGGACUUGGAGUUUUUAUACGAUUAUGAAAAAAGUUUAGCUGAUCCAUCGGAUAUAACCACUGAGACGGAAAUUUACCACAAUGUCAAUAAUAAAGAAGACGCUGAAAAUACAAAAAUGCACUAUACAGUCCUUCAUUCAGAACUAACGGGUGACAUUCCGAAAGAAAUUGAGCAAAAAGAGAAAAUGAAAUACGCUGAAGAUAUAGAAAAAUUAACAAAAUCCAUCGAAUCUAUGGAAAAUGAAAUGGAUUUGGUGAAACAGGAUCAUCAGAAAAAACUGGAGGCAGCUAAGGCUGAUUACAGUAGUAUUGUAAACAAACUGCAAAAGGUUACCAAGAAAUUAAUGAAAAGCAAUGACUAUAGUGAUAAGAAUUUGAAAGAUUUUUACAAAUCUCUUAAAGAAUUGGCUAAGGAGAGAAGUGAAUUGUUAAAAAUUAUAGAACACAGAGAAAAAGAGAAUAACAGAUUAAAAGAAACAUGCAGGUUAAUUAAACAACCAGAUGCGGUGAUAGAGGAGGAUCCGCUGUCGGCAGCAGAAUUGAAAGAAUUCCAGGAUAGGGAGAAAAAACUCAAAGAUUACAUAAGCAGUAUGAGAGUUGAACUCGGUCACAUGAACAGACAGGUGUUGAGAUAUUCUGUGGCCAUCGAUGAAGUUCCCGGUACAGCAGAAUUAUUGCAGUAUGAGAAGAGAUUUGUUGAACUAUACAAUCAAGUCGCCUCAAAACACAAAGAAACCAAACAGUAUUAUAUAUUCCAUAAUACUUUAUAUGAAGUUAAACUUUAUACCUCCAAGGAAUUGAGUCUUCUUAACUCGAUUUUAGAUAAUUAUGACGAAGUAAUGUCAUCAGCAAGGAAACGUGAAGAGUUCAUGACACAAUUUGAAUCGAUAGUGGAAUGGGUGAAUCAAACUGUCAAGAAAGUUGAACAGAAAUACAAAAAUGAAAAGGAACAAAAGGCGGCUUUGUACGGAGAAUAUUCUAGAUUAAUGGAAGUACAAAGACAGUACGCGGCCGCAUUGAAGAAAUUAGCAGCGGAACGACAUAAGUUUGGAAAGGAAGAGAGAUUAUAAAUACAUUAUAACAACAUAUUUACCAAAUUAUUAGAAAAUCCUCACAUUAUUUGUUAUAUUUAUACUAUAUAUGUUAUAAUUCUGCUAUCACAACUUAUUUAACGCGAUCUUAUAGGAUUUUACAAUUGUAGUAAUUUUUAUGUUACGUAAUAUUUAUUAUUUUCUAGUCCACAAUCCACUAACCUUUUCACUCGUAUAUAAAAAAUGAGUUCGAAAAGUGUAUAAACAUUACAAGCGCAUGCUAAAUAAAUCCAAAUACCCAGAGCUAAAACCAUUAGCUUUGUGCAUUCGUAAUAGUCUAUUGUUUAUCGUGAACAAAAACAUUUUUACUAUUGGCGUCACAUUCCACGCAUGUAAAUAAAGACGCCAUUUUUCCCCGAAUGAUAGUAUGUUUUAUUAGAUCGUAUAUGUUCAGAAUAUUUGAUUCACAUAUUAUUAAUAUUGAAUAAAUAAUAUAUAAUAUACAUUAUUUGUAUAUUUUUAUUGAUAGCAUAAUUUUGUAAUUUUUUUACUUUCCCCAAAAAUAUUGGAUUGUUAAUUGACUUUAAUAUUACACGGACUUUUUUUUUUAAUUAUACAACUGCCUGUAUUAUUAUUACACAUCUAUUGUAAUAGUACUAUUUACUGUAGCUGUGUUUAUAACCUUUAACGUUUAUAAGAAAUUAUAUUAACAAUAGCGUUUCUAUGAAAUAGUCAUAAAUAAAAUAUCUUGCAGACCUCAUGCUACAACAAUGCCCUGCAUUCCAUAAUAUACGUUAAGACUGAUAUGUGUUUUGUAUGGUUUAUGUAUUUUUUCAAAAAAGAUUUAAUAAAUAAAAAUGUUUACAUGAAA